CUCUACUUCUCCCUUUCUCUCUUUCCAUUUGUCUCUGAUAGACGAACAGUGGAUCAAUCUGGUGUUGCUCGUGACAGGUCGUCGUCGAGUGUGCCGAGCACUGUUGAUUGCGAGCGAUGCGACAGCAUUGGCGGCGUCGUUCAGAUGAGUAAGCGCCUUCAUUAGCGGAGGGUAUAUAUAUCGCUGACGAUUGUGGCUUCCUCUAGGAUAAUUACGAUCGGCCCCGAGCGCGCGCGAGCGCAACUGGUACACAGAGAGUACAAAGAGAAGAAGAAGAAGAAGAGGAGGCGGAGGAAGAAGAAGAAGAAGAGCAAGAGAGAGACGGUCGGCGCGAGACGUCAGGUCGAACGGCUGAUCACACACGAGAGUUUACAAAGCGCGAUAUCGCGUCGAUGUCGAGUUGUUCGCGAGCCUCCGCGAUAUUUCCGUCGUUCAUUACCAAAUACCACAACGUGCGCCUUACUGAUGCAAGAGGAGGAGGAAGAAGAUGAAUAAGCAAGCCUAACUUGGGAUCAACGGAUUAACGAGAUCAUACCCACAGACACUCGCGCGCGCACGCAUAUACACACACACGUACGCGCACGUAGUCACACGCAUACACGCACACAUAGAUACACACAAGCACAAACACAGAUACACAACGCAGUUUUGUAACGCGAGGAUCGCAAGCCGUCGGUGAUACUUGUUCGCACGCGAGCACGCGGCCGCACGCGCGCAUCGGCGAGAUGCGCGAUUUCCUACAAAACUGCGGCGUCUGAAAGGUCGUGAUCGAUCGACUCAAUUUGAUAAUCUAAAAGAACCUCCAGCAUAUACAAGGUCGUUAUGUAUAAGCGAUAAGGCAGGAGCUCUGUCUACGGCUGAAAAGUGAAGGAGGAGGUGACUGGAGAGGUGCUCUCUUUCUCUCUCUCUCUCUCUCUCUCUCUCUCUCUCUCUCGGGCAGCUGGUACGUGGCCUAUCUAUCGCGACGUGAUUUACAAGGACCUACUUUUGAGGAAGCAUCGAACUCGUGGAGACUCGCGGAUAUAGCGGCUUAGUCAAGCUCGCCGAUCUGCUCUCGCGUAAUGUCGAGCUCGGCACACCACGAAGAGGCGUGCUCGGUGCUCGACGGCGGAGCGCGCUGUAUCGAUCGCGAGAUCGUCGCCCGCGUUCUUCGAGUUUCCAGGAGGAAGCUCACGACAAUAGAACGCCCGUCGGCCAAACGCUCACGGAGAAUCGUCCAUUGAAUGCUCGUCGGGCCGCGCUACGUGCUACCUUCGCAAAGCGUCGUGGCGAAUCACGUCUCUAGUUUUGUACGUCGAGGAACCCGUGAGAAGGUUCAAUGAGACCUUCGUCGGCCUAUACGACGCCAGGCAGCCAGGCAGCCAGCCAGCCGGCCAGAUCGCCGCACGUCGUACCAGCACAUUCGGAAACAUCGAGCUAAUAAACACGGCCUCGCUCAAUGCCUCCUGGUGAAGAAGGCAAUCGCGAUCGCGUACACUUGACCCCUGCUCAACUGCCGGACGACUCGUCGUGGCCGUGGCGAACGAUGCUCGACAGUUGAUCCCGGUUGACGCAAGCAACGUCCAACGCCAGAGUUCCAGCACCACGCGCUCUACGAGAAAGCGAUGAUCGGCUGCCUGUAGAUCGGCGCGCUCGAUGAGUCGUCGUAGAAUCGAGCGUCGAGCAGCAGCCAGCACCGCCCGCCGGGGUAGCCGAAGAGGAAGCUUCGCAUCGCGUCGUCCCCUUCUCGAGAGCCGUCUUGGGUGAUGCGCGGAAGCAGCUCCGAACUCCUGCUGGAGCCGGGCUGCAGCCAGUGCCAGUGCGACCACGAUCGGCAUCAGCGUCGAGACAGCGGCAGCGGCGGCGGCGGCGGCGGCGGCGGCGGCGGCGGCGGCGACGGCGGCGGACACGACUUCCACGAGCGGGAGCUACGUCGUCGCAAGCUGUUGGAGCUCGGGUUCGGCGCGUCGCGGCGCCGACCGCCACGGCGUACCUGCCGUCAGCGGUUUAAUUUCUACGCCACGUCAGCGCUGGCCUUCGUCGCGACCUCCGGCGGCGCGGCGCUCCUCUUCCUGGUGCCGCUCUACGUCGACCCGGCCAUCAGCACCUUGGCGGCGGACUUCUCGCCGGAGCCGGUCAUCUGCACCACCUCCCGCCGCGAGGAGCUCGCCGGUCUCUUCAACUGCACAUGGAGCUCGUGUCGCGAGGGCUGCACCAGUGACGUGUACAGGUGCACCCAUAUAUACGUCACCUAUACGCCGUGGAGUAACGCCAGCAUGAGGAACGAGACCGGCGGCAAGAACGCCACUGCGAACGCCACUGCGAACGCCACCGCCGCUCCGGCCACUGUCACUGCCGUGUCCUCCCCGGGGGACGUCGAGGCGGUGCUCCUGGUGAACAUCAAGGGCUGCGGAUACCCGCCGGUAGUCGAUUGCGAGAACUUCACCCGCGAGUUGGGUUACGAGGGCGCGAAGUUUCCCUGCCAUUACAGCCGGAUGAACGGUAGCAUAGUGAUGGCGAA